AUGAGUUACGGACUGGUUUGCCAGCAAUGUAAAGAACCGAUACAGCUAGAUGCUUCUCUCGUAGAUCUUGCCCCUGGCGCCUAUGACAUGAUAGCGGGCACCUUGCCGCCCCCUCCACUGAUACCCAGUUCCCAACAAGGACAAGAACCGGAGAGAACAGCCUCAGCGAUAUCCAAGGGGACAUGGCAAAGAACAACGGGAUCAUCGUUAUCCUCCAGGUCGAAUGUCCCAUUGUCGCCCCGAGCUCAAUCGAAGCAACCACAACGUGAUUCACUUCCGAACGAAUCGUUUAUCGUAUUGCAAGACAGUGUCAUCCGAGCGAUACCCCCGCAGCCCGUGUCAACCCCUAGAGCCAAGAAAGCCCCGUCGAACGUUAGGAGCGACUCCAAUGCCACGCACCCAUCGACCGUGGCAACGAAGACUGCUGAGCCAGAGCCUGAAAGCCCGUCCCCCCUCUCUCACCAUCUGAGAUCCACCGCUCGACUGUUCAACCUGCUAUCAACACGCACAGAGAUAGAUCAUCCGCUCUGCGCGGAGUGUGUGCAGAUCCUCCUUACAAGUCUACGGAAACAGCUGGAAGAAACGAAGAAGGAGCGGGAUGGGUAUAUCGCGUUUGAGAAGGAAGUCCGGAAAGAACGCGAGCGGGAAGCUCAGGGGAUGACUCGCGCGGAGGCUGAGAAGAAGAUUGAGAAAUUGCGCGUCGAGGAAGCUUUGGCUAUUGAACAACUGAAGGAAGCAGAACGAGAACGAGAGAUGCUCGACGAAGAGCUCCGUAUGUUGGAACUCGAUGAGAAAGCGUUGGAGGCGGAAGAGGCUGAGUUCUGGAGGAUGCAUAACGACCAGCUUAUGGUGAAAGAGCAGCAAGCAGCCCAGCUCGCAACCUUGCGAGCUGCGUACGCCGCAGACGCCGCGACCCUAGAUAGGCUCGAACGGACUAACGUCUAUAACGACGCGUUCUGUAUCGGACACGAUGGCGUUUUUGGCACAAUAAAUGGCCUAAGGCUGGGGCGCGUUCCUAGUGUGCCUGUGGAAUGGGCUGAGAUUAAUGCAGCUUGGGGACAGACGCUAUUGUUACUACAUACUAUCGCCAGAAAGCUGGACUUCACAUUUGAAAGCUAUCGCCUAGUCCCUAUGGGUUCCUUCUCCAGAAUUGAGAAAACCACGGGUGACAAGGCCAGUUACGAACUCUACGGAUCUGGGGACCUCCACUUUGGGAGAUUGCUUCAUAAUCGCCGCUUUGACAUCGCGAUGGUCGCUUUUCUGGAUUGUCUGAAGCACCUGAUGGACCACAUCAAAUCCCAAGACGCGGGCAUCGACUUUCCUCAUCAAAUAUCUAAGGACAAGAUCGGGGAUGUUUCCGUGAAGCUGCAGUUCAACCAAGAGGAAGCGUGGACAAAGUCAUUACGACAUGUACUUCUGGCGCUCAAGAUAUGCUUGAAAUGGGCAACGAAUGGUGCCAAUGGUUGA